AGGGCAUAUUCGCCUGAACAGCACGGCAGGCGGAUUCCAGGCGAAAGUGGAGAGAGAGCUGGAAGGCUAGUGGAAAAAUGUCAGCGGUGCCUGAUGGCAAAAAACUGGUCCGAAGCCCAAGCGGACUCCGAAUGGUUCCAGAGAACGGUGCAUUUAACAGCCCGUUCUCGCUAGACGAACCGCAGUGGGUCCCGGAUAAGGAGUGUUCCAGGUGCAUGCAGUGUGAGGCCAAGUUUGACUUCAUCACCAGAAAGCACCACUGCCGGCGCUGUGGCCGCUGCUUCUGUGAUAAGUGCUGCAGUAGGAAGCUGCCGCUGCCCCGCAUGUGCUUCGUGGACCCCGUCAGGCAGUGCGGCCAGUGCAGCGCCACCUCAGGCAGGGAGGGGGACUUCUACGAGCGCCAGCUCCGAGUGCUCAUGGGGGGCGGGACCUUCCUGGUGACUCAGGGCUCAUCUGAGAAAUCAGAAACUAUGUCAUGCCGUCUGUCCAACAACCACAGGUACCUGUUCAUGGAUGGAGACAGCAGCAGCGGCAGCCAUUUUGAGGUGGAACUCUCCCGCAUCACCAGCAUGCAGGUGCAGACAGACGGCUCCACCCCUGGAGAGAAAGAUAUUCACACGUACACCAGCCUGCUGGAGAGCACGGAUCUGUCAGAAGGGGGCACGUCCCGAGCGUGUGGGAUGCUGCUGCAGUAUCGCCCCCCCGGGUCCCAGGAGCUCCAGCAGCUGCAGCUGGACACCACAGGAGACGACCGCAAGGGCCCGGCCGCCUGGCUAGCCGCCAUGCACAAGGCUGCCAAACUCCUGUAUGAAUCCCGUGACCAGUGACACUCACACUCUCACUCUCACACACACACACACUCUGCCCCUGAGAAGGAGACACGAAGAGAUGAAGAGAGGAGUGAAGAGAUAAAGAAGAGAGGAGUGAAGAGAUGAAGAGAGGGAUGAAGAGAUGAAGAGAGGAGUGAAGGAGUGGAGCCCCAAGUGAUCUUCAGUUCUGCAGUCUCUCCUCAGAGGCUCUCUGCAGCCCACCGGACCUGUGUGUGUGUGUGUGUGUGUGUGUGUGCGUGUGUGUGUGCGUGUGUGUGUGUGUGUGCGUGUGUGUGUGCGCGUGUCUGUGUGCGUGCGUGUGCGUGUGUGUGUGCGCGUGUCUGUGUGUGUGCGUGCGUGUGUGUGCGUGCAUGAGUCUGUAUGCUUCCACAAGCCUAUGAGUGUAUGUGUGUGUGAGGGCAUACAUACAUCCAUGUGUGUUAUUGUGACAGUGUGUGUGUUAUUGUGACAGUGUGUGUGUGUGUGUGUGUGUGUGUGUGUGUCUACGUCUACGUCUACCAGAGAGCUGCAGAAUGCUCAUUGACUCCAGUGCAAUAUAAUUACAACACACACACACACACACACACUCUCACUAAUCCAAGUACAAUAACGUGUGUGUGUGUUGAAUGAAUAUGGUUUUGUUUCUCUGGUAACAGAAUAAUACACACACACACACACACACACACUGCUUCAUACAUCAGCACACACUUAUCUCUGCUCCUCUUUGACGUGUAUGUGUGUGUGUGUGUGCGUGCGUGCGUAAGUUUAAUUUACUCUAAGUUCAUAUCUAUUCUCACUCCCACCUACAGGUGGGGCUCUGUACCAGAAACAUUCAUUUGGUAUUUUUGUACUUUUUUGUAUUUGUAUCCAGUCUGCCAUAUUAAAGGUGUUUUUUACCCACCUCA